AUGCGUGACCUUGAAGCAGCGGCAGACCUCUCCGACGCCACCGCCCAUCAUGUAGAGCUCGCCCACGUCAAAGACGCUGCCCAACAACACACCCUUAGCAUCCGUCAAUGCCUACGCUACUUCUCACCACAAUGGUUCACCGUCACUAUGGGCAGCGGCAUCACUUCCCUGCUGCUCUACGAGUUCCCCUACCAAGCUCGAUGGCUUUACUGGCUCAGCGUUGCGGUAUUCGCUCUCCACCUCGGCCUCUGCUUGUUGUUCGCUACCCUCACGAUCAUCCGCUUUGUGCUAUGGCCGGACUUGUUUGGAGCUACGCUAAAGCACCCGGUCGAGAGUAAUUUUGCUGGGGCGUUUGUUGUGAGCUUGUUGGGAGCGGCGAAUAUGGUCGCGCUGGUCUGUGCGAGUGCUUGGGGGAGUUGGGCUGCAGAUUUGGGGUGGGCUGUGUGGAUUGUAGCGAGUGUUAUGGCGGGUUUGGUGGCUAUUGGUGUUCCUUGGAUGCAUGUCGAGAGCUGUGUUCGAAGGUACUCUGCAAGCUACUCUGAUGCAGGAGCUUCGAUGGACUCGGUUCGUGAACACCCAAUGAAGGCGAUCGAAGGCAUGACAGCAGUCCAUCUACUGGCCCCAAUCAGCACUAUCGUCGCUGGCGCCACUGCAGCUACGGCAGCCUCAGCGGUAGCCGAGCCAGAGCGGGUCGCGGCUACGAUCACUGUAGGAUACGUUCUCUUGGGUCUUGGGUUGACCAUCGCGCUCAUAAUGAUGAUCGUCCUCCUCUUUCGUACGAUCAUGUACGGCCUGCCGAGCCAUGACUUGAUUAUGACGGGGUUUAUUACGGUCGGCCCACCGAACAUGGGCGCGGCAGCGUUCGUCUUGCUGGGAGAGUCGGCGAGGCAGGUGAAUGUGGGCUGGCUUGGUGAUGGCCAGACAGUGCGCAUGAUCGGUGUUCUGGUUGCUUUGCUGCUCUGGGGAUUCGGAUUGCUGUGCUUAUGGUUCGCUGUUGGUGGAGUGGUUUAUCAUGUUCGAAUCCCGCUCGAGAUGAGGCGCCCUCCCGUCACCAUGUGGAACAGCAGCACGAUCUGUGCAGGAAACAAUAUACCUGCGAUCAAAGUCACUCCAGCGGCACGGAUCCAAUUCAAUCUCUCAUGGUGGUCUCUUGUCUUCCCGCUCGGCACUUUCGCGCUCUCGACCUCUCACCUCGCUGCGGCCCUGCCCAGCGCAUUUUUUCGUGUCUUUGGCGCGUUACUGUCGGCUCUGGUCGCUGUGUUAUUCGUUGUGCUUUUGGCUCUGACGACAUGGGACCUUCUCAUCAAUGACAACCUGGAACUCAGUACUGUGCGGCACAGUCUCACAGAUUGUCCAGAAUACCAUGCCGUAUCCUACGUCUGGGGAACAGCUCGCGCGUCCGUCCACGUGUCAUGCAAUCGCAACCCUCUGUCUAUCACGCCUACAGCUUACGAGAUGCUUCAACACCUCUGCCGGGGUAUGAAUGUUGUACGGCGGCUGCCUUUGUGGAUCGAUGCCAUCUGCAUCAAUCAAGACGAUCCCGAUGAGAAGAAGCUCGCUGUACCGUUGAUGCACCAAGUGUUCUCCCAAGCCCGGGACGUUUUCAUCUGGUUGGGACCUGCAAUACCUCAGACGGAAGCGUUCAUGCACAAGUUUGGGUCGGUAUUCGAGCUGGCGGAGGAGCACGAUUUCGCAAAAGCGGUCGAAGACGAUGAGGGUUGGCCUUCCGACAAUGAUCACUUCUGGGCUGGACUGUUUCACAUACUCAAUCACGACUGGUUCAGACGACUGUGGACAUUUCAAGAAGUCAUUCUUGCGCGCAAGAGCAUCACCGUCUGCGGAACCUCGUGGGUGGAUCUAGAUAACCUGGUGAACGUCAAGGAGGCAGUAGACCGAGUGUGGGCAAUCUCUGGUCUAUUUAAUGAGGAUCUCCAGAAGCAGCUGGCUCCCCUAGUUGACUACAGCGCUUCAGGUCGUAAGGACUACUGGCGGACUCACGUCCGCUUUAUGCAGACCCUUCUCGUGGAGACUCAGUCGCUAGGUAUGUUAUGUAUACCUCCAACGAUCGAAACGAAAGCCCCAGCUAUGCCUUCUUGGUGUCCGAAUCUCUCAGGGAAACCGGCGUGUUAUAUGUACCUCGACGCGCUUUGGGAUCGAGCUGUGAGCCCUCGGCUUGCUGCCAACCUUCCGGGCAUGGACAGCGAUGACGACGCGUGCUCACGAAGGAGACGUGAUAUCAAGUAUCAUCCUCGAAAGCACAUCACGACUGACGACAAAGGUGGCCUGCAUGUGCGCGGUUUCGUUGUGGAAACCAUAUCUGAAGUGGUCGAAGAUGAACGACUGUUCGGUGCUACUAAGUACAUGGACGAUCUGGGUUGGGAGGCAUACAGUCUUGACAAUCCUACACAUAUCGCAGCCCUGGAAUGGUACUCCAGAGGCCUCCGGCUUGCCCGUCGUGUUCUUCAUGGGUCAGACGAGGGAGCAGCUGGGAUUCCCCGAGAGUACCUCAUGGCUUUCUUCGUCAAUCACCGUCUCAGAGACGAGGCAGAGCUUGCGUAUCGCGAUGCACUGACUGUCGUGCAGACCGGAGACUUAGAUCAUAUUCUCAGCCUUAGGGAGACCUCUAGGUAUGAGCUUGCAAGACGAUGUAUGACGCAACGGAAAGCCAUGUGCGGGCACGCCUUCUUCAGCACCAAAGGUGGUCGUUUCGGUAUUGCGCACCCUGGGGUGAAGCCUGGCGAUCAAGUCUGCGUCUUCUAUGGGGCCGAGCCGUUGCACAUUCUGCGCAGGCCUGCACCGCAGCAGACUGACAACGCCAACGCGGCCCAUGACAGUACUGCUGCUGCCGCUCAGUUCAUUGGCAGUGCGUUCAUUCCGCAUCUCAUGGAGCAGCAGCUGUCGGACACCGCUCGUCUAGGACCCGAUGAGAUCUUUCUCAUGAGAUGA